CAAAAUUUUAAGUAUUAAAAAAAUGAAUUAAGGAAAGAGAGUGGAAAUUUCGUGGGUGACUUUUGAGUUGACUUACAGGCCAUGUGAUAAUCAUUUUUGCUGACCCUCCCUCCUAACUCCUAACUCUAAGAGCAUAACUUAUCAAACUCACCACCAGGCAGGCUAUCAUCAACUUAACGCCUUCCAUAAUCUCUUCUUCCUUUGUUUGUUCUCAACAUAAUGGAUAAUCAUGUCCCUAUGUUUCAAAGUAUUACAUACAUCUCCUUCUUCUUAUUAAUAAUAAUCACUUUUUUUCCAUCACAAUCUCUUUCUAACGAUUAUUCAUAUUGUAAUAAAUAUCCCUACGACGACAGAUCCUCCUAUAGUUGCGGAAAUCUCUCCAACAUCUAUUAUCCAUUCUGGGGACAAAAUCGUCCUUCUAAAUGUGGCGCCGGCAAACCAUUUUACCUUAACUGCGACAAAAACAACAUUACUACCAUUCUAUUAUACUCACAAAAUUUCACAGUACUUGAUAUCAACACCACAUCCUACACCAUGAAACUCAAAAGAACAGACCUUUCCCAAAAUCUCUGUUCUCCACAAUUUGGUGAAACUUAUUUCGAUCCAACUGGUCUGUUUCAUUCUAGCUCAAUGGACAUCAGCAUAUACUACAAUUGUCCUUUCAAUAUAUCUUAUCAAAAAUCUCUAUGUGGAUCUAACAAUCCUUCUUUCACUGAUCUUAACUUUGAAGUUGCAAAAAAUUUAUAUCUAAAUAGAUGUGGGAAACAUAUCAAAGUGCCGAGAACAAUAGAUUUGUAUAAAGAGAUUGAUUAUAAUUACAAUCGUGACGAUCUUGAAAGAAUUUUGAAUGACGGGUUUGAGGUGGAAUACUCUGUGAAUACCGAUUGUUUAAGGUGUUUGGGAAGUGAGAAUGGAGAUUGCUCGAGUUAUUAUAUUGAUAAUAAAAAUAUUGACUUAUGCUAUUAUGAUUAUUGUCCAGAUGGAUCUAUUGCUAUUCCCAUAACUUGUAUUACUUACAAAAGUAGUAAGCACUCUAUAUGGCAAGGGAAAAUAAUCACUCUAGGAAGUGCAAGUGCAACAUUUGUUGGAUUUUCGAUAUGUGUCAUUAUCUUUUAUUUCACAAACAAGUUCAUAAAGAAUAACCAAAACAUCACAUAUGAAAACAACAAGAAUAACCGAGACAUUGAAGCAUUCUUAAAAACUCAUGAAGCUUUUACCGUAAGAAGAUACAAAUUCGCAGAUAUCAAGAAAAUGACCAACAACUUCGAAGUCAAACUAGGACAAGGUGGUUAUGGCAUUGUGUACAAAGGAAAGCUACUCAAUGACCGCCUUGUGGCCGUCAAGAUAUUGAAUGCAUCCAAAGGAAAUGGUGAAGAAUUUAUGAACGAGGUUUCUAGCAUUACUAAAACCUCUCACAUUAAUGUUGUUGCGCUUCUUGGAUUUUGUUUUGAUGGUAGCAAAAAAGCUUUGAUCUAUGAAUUAAUGUCCAAUGGUUCACUUGACAAGUUUAUUUACAACAAUCAACCUAAAGCCAUUCAAUCUCUGAGUUGGGAGAUUCUUUAUCAAAUUGCUAAAGGGAUAGCUCGAGGGCUAGAGUACUUGCAUAAGGGUUGUAGCACACGAAUUUUACAUUUUGACAUCAAACCACAUAACAUUCUUUUAGAUGAGAAUUUUUGUCCAAAGAUAUCGGAUUUUGGGCUAGCAAGACUUUGUCCCAAGAAAGAGAGCAUUAUUUCAAUGUCAGAUGCUAGAGGGACAAUGGGAUAUGUAGCUCCUGAGUUGUGGAAUAGAAAUUUUGGAGGUGUUUCACAUAAGUCUGAUGUUUAUAGUUUCGGAAUGAUGCUGAUGGAAAUGGUUGGAGGACGGAAAAAUAUUAUUGCUGAUGCAAGUCAAACAAGUGAGAUAUACUUUCCUCAUUGGGUUUACAAGAAGCUUGAUCUAGGCACUGAUUUGAUACCAGGUGAAGUUAUUACCGUUGAAGAAGGUGAAAUUGCAAAGAGAAUGACUAUUGUAGGAUUAUGGUGCAUUCAAACAUUUCCAAAUGACAGGCCAACAAUGAGUAGAGUAAUUGAAAUGUUAGAAGGCAAUGUGAAUUCAUUAGAAAUACCACCAAAACCUAUUCUUUCUUCUCCUACUAGAUCAGUGCCAGGAUCUUCAACUUCUUGAAAUUUUUGGGGUAAAUGUUCCAUACUGCAUUAUUUAUCAUACUUGUAUAUUUUUCUAUCACGUUGUAAAGCAAGUGGGUCUUAUAUAUAUGUGUGCUAAAAUGUUGUUAUAGUGUAUGUAAAAGCAUUACUAAUUGGUCAAAACAUACUAUAUACUAUGUUUACUAAAUUAAAAGGCUUAUUUCCAACUUGUGGUUAAA